AUGCUCGACUUCUACGACCUCGCUGUCGCCAUUUCUUAUGUAAUCCUUGGCAGGCGCGUCCACCUCAUUCCAAAGCGUGUAUUCCUCGUGUUCCUCCUGUUUCUUAUGUUCCACUGUACGGAUCGUAUACAAAACUCGGUAUGGGGCGUAAAAGGGGCAAAAAGACGGAGAGGGCAGAGAGGGUGGUGGAACGCGCCUCCGAAGAAAUCCAGUCGUUACAAAGGCGCGGUUGCUGGCAGCAAGAACAACCCUAUCAAGCUAGAAGAGGUAGACAGUGGAUACAGUAGCGGUCAGCUAUUCACUCAGCAAGAAGAGGUGGCAGUUACACAAUGGACAUAUAGGCCGACCUGUGAAGUGAUUGACCAUAUACCUAUUCUAACCACCUGCGGUCGCAAUUUGGUCGCCAAUAUGCCGGAAAUCUACUGCUUCUUAACCCUUAUCGCACUCAUAUUCAAUUUCCCAUUAUAUGUGCUCUACAACAUUAUUGUCAUCGAAUUUUACGUCUUGAAUCCCCGAGCUGGGGCGAGGGGUGAACCCACUACAUACAACCGACAUUGCAUCGUAUUUCCUGUGUUCUGCAUUCGUCUUUGCAUCUGCGAACCCACGAUCAUGCGCACGCUUCUGGCACCAGCUGCCGCGAGCCCAGCGGGAUGGCACAUCCAGCAGCGUGCUCCAUCGAACGCAUCAGUCGUUUUGCACAUUGGCCUCGCCGCCAGUGAUUAUCUGGGCUUGGAGAAGGCGGCCGCACAAAUCGCCGACCCUGGUCACGAGAGAUUUCGACAGCACUUGACCGUUCCCCAGUUACAACUGUUACUCACAGCGCCCCCGUCGGCCUCUGCUGGGGUGUCACAAUGGCUUCACGACGCUGGCAUCCACCUGGCCGGCGUGAAUCAGCGUGGAAACGUUCUCGAUGCAGCGAUGAAGAUAGGGCAAGCCGAGGAGCUUCUUAAUACCACGUACUAUGUCUACACUGAUGGCUGGAGGGACAUUCUCCGAGCGGAGAACUUUAGCAUACCGCAAGCAUUGCAGGAAAGCAUCGAAUUUGUUGCACCCACGAAUCUAUUUCCGGCGCCUUCAAGGCACGAUCCAGAGGAGAGACCUCGUAAACGAGGGGCCGAGCAUUGGAGGAGACAGUCGCAGAGCUGUGGUGCCGACGACGUCAGCUCACCUGCAUGCAUUCGCCAAGUCUACAACAUCACGCACACUGCCGAGCCAAAUCGAACGACAUUCGCCGUCUAUGCCACCGAGGCAGCGGUCUUCAAUGCGACUGACUUGCAGACCUUUCUCGAAACUUACAACGAGCCAGCUGCAGAGGCAAGGGCAAGUUAUCAAAUCGUCGGAAACGGUGAUGCUGCCAAUGGGAUCCCCGGCGUGGAAGAAGCCUUUGAGACUGCUUUAGCGACUGAGACGGUCCUGGGUCUUGCUUGGCCUGCGACUGGGACACUCUACAACCUGGGAGGCGUCUUUGGCCCAAGCAACGCUUCCAGCGUCGAUGCCGCGGGCCAAAGGUAUACGAAUUUUGACACAUACGAUCCAUUCGUUCAGUUCCUGCAGGAGAUGAUUCACAACGAAACCGUACCGUCGGUGGUCUCGAUCUCCGAGAGCUGGUCCGAAAACCAAGUCGAUGAAGGGUACGCCAGAAGUGUUUGCAGGAUGUUGCAAGCUAUUGGCACUCGCGGAGUGACGCUGAUUUUCAGCUCUGGCAACAACGGAGCACAGGGUAACCAGCCGGACCGGGUGCAUUUGGACAUUUUCGAACCCAAGUUUCCCGCUUCGUGUCCGUAUGUGACAAGCGUUGGGGGAACGACCAAUCUUGCCGACGAGAUGGCAGCUACUCAGCAAACAGUCCAGGGCGUGGUCAACAAAGCAUCUCUGAUAGCAUCUGGCGGUGGGUUCUCGAACUACUUCGAACGACCCGAUUAUCAGAGCGCAGUGGUGCCCCUAUACAUCGCCGAUCAUGUUCCGUCCUCAUACCGUGACGUGUCCGGAUUCAACGCUUCAGGUCGCGGCAUUCCCGAUCUCAGUGCUUUCUCGACAUCUUUUCCCGUUGUGACGAAAAACUUGCUUUUGGCCGUAGGAGGUACUUCUGCUGCUGCUCAUCUUUGGGGUGCGAUCAUCACAUUACUCAAUGAUUAUGAGAUGUCUCGUGGACGACCAACACUUGGCUUCAUCAAUCCGUGGCUGUACAGUCUCCCAAAUGGCACACUUCACGACAUUACUCAGGGAGGCAACAACUCCGGUCAAUGUGCACCAAACUCGAAUUGCACUCUGAGCCAGACUCCAGGCUACAAUGUGUCGGUCGGUUGGGAUCCCGUCACCGGACUGGGAUCUCCCAUCUUCAAUCGACUGAUCGAUGCGCUUGAUGCGAGAGCUGGCUCAAAUGGCUCACAUUCAACAACAUCCCGUACUGCAACCAGAUUUUCCGACACAGGCACAGGACCUGAUCUGGCCACUUUAAUAUACAAGAGCAAAUACAGUCGAUUGUACAUCUUUUCCUCCGAAGUCUCCGCAUCCCAGCCAAAAAUGCCGAACGAGAACGAUGACCUCUCUCCCCACAAGAGAGGUAGGAGCCUUGGUAGCCUCUCCUUAACAUAAGAAAUCACAAAAAGGAAAAAAAAAGUCUAAAUGGGGGGCUCAACUUCCUCCCGGCUCCAUAUCAUCUCCCCGAAUUCCAGCCAAAGAAUCUACCUUCUCAAGUCAAGAUUCGUAGUUGUUUCUACAAGAUAACAGAGGAGAUGAGAGGACUAGCUAGCUCUGUAUACAAAACUCUGUUCUAUCUUCGAG